AUGGGCACUCAGGUCGACCGGCCAUCGCCGCCGUCCACCUCACCUACCACAACCCAUAACGACAAUGCUGGUAACAGGAACGACACCUCAGGGGCUAGGCGGGCGUCGGCAGACGAUGCCUCGGGGACGUCGGGAACGGCGGCCAGGCGAGUAAAACGGGCCCAAGUCUCACGUGCCUGCGCGAGGUGCAGGCGGCUGCAAAAAGGCUGUAGCGAAUCGCGACCUUGCCAGCGCUGCAUCAAGACAGGCCUGGCUGAGCAGUGCCUCGCCGGUGGAGGAGGAGGAGGUCCCCCUACGAGCCUGCAAGCGCCGCAGCCGCGCUAUGGGACUGGCACCGUCACCUACGAGCUCAGCACCACCUCGGCCUUGGUCGCCUCGCCUACGCUCUCGACGCUGGGCCUGGCCGGCUCUGCCCACACCAACUUCUCCCGGGAGUCGUUCCAGAGGCAGGCUGACCUGCUGCCCGGAAGGGUUGUGGACUACUGUGUAGAGCGCUUCUACCUGCGUCUCAACCCCACGAUACCGGUUGUGUCUCCGGAGUAUGUCACCGCCCUGCGGAAACGAGUGGCUGAAUCCACCGAGGCCGGCGCUGAAGCAUACUGCGUUCUCGUAGGCAUAUGUGCCAUGGUGCUUUUGCAGGUCGAAGACCCCGAAGCACGGCAAUUUGCCGAUCUGGUGACCGCCGAGACGAAUUCUGCCUACGGCUGGGUUCUCCUGGAGGAAGCGCUCGCUGCACAUCGCCAUCUGGCACGCCGCUCGAAUCCCAGCUACGAGAACGUGCUGCUCACUUUCUUCAUCUACGCCUGUCACGCGGCAUUGCUACACCACAGCCAAGCGUUCUUCUUCCUUCGCGAGACUACGACGUCAUAUCUGCUCUUCAAGCCGGAAGAGUGGCCCGAUACUACGAAGAUCCUAGCCGAGAGACUAUUCUGGGUCCUAGUCGCAUCCGAAAGAGGGCAUGCAAUACGCUAUCGCCGGCCAAUAACCCUCCAAAUUACAUCUGCCAGCCCCACGAUCCCAUCGCUGUCGACAACCACGCCAGACGGGCAGUCCCUGGCUGGAUUCUGCUGCCUGGCCGCUCUCUUCCGCCCGCUGGACACGUCCUUCAUUGCGGUUAUCAAUUCGGAAUCCAUCUCAUGCCCACCUUCACAGGGGUCUCUUGACGAGAUUGAAGGUGACAUCAAUGCUGCGCUGAAUCAAGCAUCCCCAUCCGCAUUACAUCAGACCCAGAAGGCCAACCUACGCGUAACGCAGUUAUGGCUGCGCAUCAUCCUGUGGCAGGUUCGGCUCCGACUAGGCCAUCUGUCGGAAACGGCGAUCGCGAAAUCAAGUCAUACAUAUCACUACCCAUUAGAGGUAGCCAAAGAUCUAGCAUUGAGCACCCGGGAUUUGGAGCUUGAAGCCAUGACUGUGCACGGGGCAGGGCUUACCGAAAAGCUGUUCGACAUCGCGUGCGUGGUGGUCAAUGUGCUGGCGAGAGUGCCUUUGGGCUUCGAGCGACGGUCGGCAGAAGAGGACGUGAGGUAUCUACGAAGUCUGAUCACUGAGCUACCAGGAGGCAAAAUGGUAUACGAGAAACUGAUGAUCAAGCAUUUGAUGGCUGUACUGCCUGGGCUUGUGGGACAUUGA